GCGGGUUCAGCUCGAUCGCGCAGAUGGAGAACGACGCUCGGCUCGUCUUCUUCGUGCGCGGCGACAAUGGCUUCCCAUCGCUAGGCGCGCACUCCCCCCUCGGCGCAGACCGGGAGACACGCGGACACCCCCCCGCCUUCCCCUUCCCGGCACGAGGCACGCUCGAGCUGCGCAGCUUGCGCGUCGAGGCGAACGCGCUGGCGUGGUGGGACGUGUUUGACGGCGCCAUCGACCUCGCCUUCAAGAAGGACGACCCGCCGCGCAUCGCCUGGGACAUCGAGGUUGCCCUCGGCCACGCGCGGCUGCCGCUCCCCGACUGCAUCGAGGACACCUUCCUCGCGUGGCUCACCGGCACAGUGAUGCGCUCCUUCAACCGCGCCUAUCCGCUGCACAUCGCCAUCGACCCCGCGGGCGCAUCCUCCUCCGAACGCGAGGAGCAGGACGGCGAGGCGGCCGGCGGCGAGGCUUGCUCCGCGCCCGCCCCGGCGGCGGUCGAGCUGCCGCCCAUCAGCGAGGCGGAGCAGCGGGCGUACGACGGCCUCUUCAGCUCCGCCGCCAAGGGCUGCGCGACCGUGGGCCGCGCCGCGGCGGCGCCCGUCUUUGCGUCUGCGUCGGUGGGCGAGGGGGACGUGGACCACAUCUGGGGGCUGUGCGUGUCGGCGCGCGGCUCCGACACGGCGGCCAGCCGGUCCGAGGACGAGCUGAGCUCAGCUGAGUUCGCGGCGGCGCUACACCUCGCCGCCGCCAAAGUGGGCGACCUCCUGCCCGGCGGGCUGCCUCUUAGCAUGCCCGGCAGCCUCGCGCUGUACAUCUCCGAGGCGGAGGAGGCGGCCGAGGCGGCCGAGGCGCUGCGCAAAGACGCCGCUCGGCGGAUGGCGCGCGCCGCGUCGUCGUCGCCGGUAGACUAG